ACGAUGCCGUUGUCCUUGCCGCAACUCCUUUCCCGCCUGCAUCUCUGCCCACUCUUGUGUCUUUAUCCUGUCACCGCGCUCAUCCAAUAUCUGGACCUGAGUUGAACUUUAUUCCUUUUGUAUCUGGGCAUCUGCGAGAACAAGUAUGCGGGCUCGGACUAUGUGAUCUACCGCCCCUGUCUACAUGUUGCCUCCAGCCACAUCGUGCUGGGUUUGCAAUUAGCAGUAUUUGAUCAGCACCCCUCUUGAUCAAGGGCUCUGGCCAGCACAGCCAAUCACGCGUAGGCAGGUUCGCUACCAGCGACGCGUUCGAUUAUCCCCGCUCUUUAGCAACGCGAAUUGCAAGGAAAAACAAAUUGGAAAAAAAAAAGCUUGCUGCCAGAGUUCAGGCUCGCAUCUUCUCUUCUUAUUGCGUCUGCUGGCUAUCUAGCUCUAUUUCCCACAUCGACAACAAAAAUUUAUCAUAUUGUAAAAUACUCACUUUCUUCUCGGAGCCAUGUUUUACGCCGAGGCUAUCCUGUCAAAGAAGGGUCCGCUGGCCAAAGUCUGGCUCGCCUCGCAUCUUGAGCGCAAGCUUACCAAGGCGCAGCUGCUGCAAACCAGCAUCCCGCAGUCGGCUAACGCCAUAGUUGGACAUGAGCAUGGGCCGCCGCUGGCACUGCGUCUCUCUGGCCAGCUGCUGCUCGGCGUCUCCCGCAUCUACGCGCGCAAGGCGCGUUAUCUGCUCGAAGACUGCAAUGAGGCGCUGAUCCGCAUCAAGCUGGCAUUCCGUCCUGGCGCUGCUGACAUCACAUCAGACUCAGUGGUUGCCACACACACAUCGAUUACGCUUCCCGAGGCUCUGACCGAAUUUGACAUCCUACUACCGCCAUCGUCGCGUGUGUUUGGCGACAGCGCGCUUGAGGUUGAGAUGGCUGCGGCGGCAAUGAAUACGUCCCGUAUCCAGGAUAUCACGCUGGCGGAGCAGUCGUUCGAUGUAUCGGCGGUGGCACGAGGGGUCGAGGCAAUGGAUAUGGGUGAGGAGGACCUGCUCGGCCACGACAACGACUUUAAGCUUGACCUCGAUGAGGACUUCAUUCUGUCACCUGGUCCCCAGGGCGACGCCAGCAUGCUUGAGCCUGAGAUGGGCCGUGACGCGAUGCAGGGACUCGAUGAUAGCAUGAUCCGCCCUGAGGGCCUAUCGCUGGUCGGAAAGGACGGCGAGCCGUUGCUGCCAGGAGAUAUUUCGCGCGAGGACCUCAACGGUGAUUUCAACGGUGAUUUCAACGGUGAUAUCCUGCGGUUUGGUGACGAUGGCCUAGACAUCUCGCUGGGCCCUGACUCGUCGAUGGUGCCCAGCACUCAGGAGGUUGCGCUACAGGAGGCAGAGGCUGCUGUGCUGGCAGCGGCAAACAGGGAUGCCGCCGAGCGCCAGGCCAAGCGUCGGAGACUGAACAUGUCUGACUUGGUCACCAACGAGGCCACGUCGCUGUCGCCUGACGAAAUCCGCAGCCACCUGAACGAUGCUAGUGAUAUUGUUCGUGUGCCGACGUAUCUGCCAUCCACUCGGGCGCCGCGCCUCGAUGCUCUGAGCUCUGCUGCUGUCGCGUCGCGGUUCCUUUCUGGCGCUGGUGCUUCGCCAUUUGAUUCGCUCUUUGAGCGCACAGGAAUGGAUCCGUUCGAACAGGAGGUGCCUAGCUUUGUUGGCGGCGCCGAUAUUGGUGCUGUGGAAGGCGAAGACUUUAGACUGGACGACGUCGAGGACAUGGACUUUGAUGCGGGCAUGGCCGAGGGUCUUGCCAGUGCCGCAGGCCAGCUCGACGAGCAGAAUGCUCUGCUGGGGGGAAAGUCGAUCGAGCAGCUGGAGCGCCUUGAAGAGGAGUCGUUCCUGCGUCUGGCCGACGAGCAGCAGGGUGAUGGUGUGCGUCUGUUUGCUGAGGACCUGCCGGUGCGUGAUGAGGAUCUGUCAAUGCAGGCCACUCAGCUUGAGGCUCUGGCAGCCCAAGACCACGAGGAGGAGCCUGCUGCCACGUCCAGCGCGUCGGGCGCACUGGAAUCCGGAUACAGCAAAAACACAAUCCGCGCCAUCCAUCUCAUUGACAGCGAGUGCCGCAAGGCCAAUAUCCCGAUGGCUGACAGCGUCGCUGAAAGCCAGAAGUCGCUGUCGUACCUAAAUGUGAGCAAGGGCGCGCAGCGGUCAGAUGCAGUCAAGCUCUUCUUUGAGCUGCUGGUCCUGAAGACCAAAGGCUUUGUCGAUGUCAAGCAGGAGGACCCGUUUGAGGAUAUCCUGAUUGCACCGCGCGAUAAGCUCCGGCGAGCGGCCGAUUCGGUGACUGCUGCGUCGCCAGUCUAAAUCUGGCUAAUUACACGGUGAUUUGUAUUUACCGAUUAUUUCAUCUAAUGCAGCUUGCUGUCAGCUUUUUCUUUUUCGAG